GCGGCCGCACAGAAGAUUCUGAGGUGGCGAAGAUGGAAGACGUUGACAUGAACACGGUGACGGGGGAGGCCCUGAAGAAGCACCAGCUGCAGGAAGCCUUUGACGCUGCGGAAGAAGAGAUGGAAGAGGGUCGCUCGACGCCCGACCGCUCGAUCGCCGCGUUCCAGCACGUCCUGGCUUACCAUGGGCCCGACGAGGACCUCGAAGUCGUGCACCGCGUCAAGGAGCACGCCAUCUAUAAGCUCGGCCAGCUCUACACACGCCAUGGGCGCGAGAAGGAGCUCUCGACGCUUUUGCAGAGCGUGCGGCCGUUCUUCGCCACGAUCCCCAAGGCCAAGACGGGCAAAAUCGUGCGCACGAUCAUCGACAUGGUCUCCAAGGUCGAAACAUUGGACCACCAAAAGUCGCUGCAGUUCCAAGCCGACCUCUGCGUCGACUCGAUCGCGUGGUGCAACUUGGAGAAGCACACGUUUUUGCGUCAGCGCAUUCAGGCCCGCUUGGCCUCCAUCCUCUUUGAGCAAGCCAAGUACCAGACGGCGCUCGACCUGAUCACGGACCUUCUUCGCGAAAUCAAAAAGCUCGACGACAAGCAGCUCCUCGUCGAGAUCCACUUGGUCGAGUCGAAGCUCUUCCACGCGCUUCGGAACGUGCCCAAGGCCAAAGCGGCGCUCACGGCCGCGCGCUCGAUCGCCAACUCGAUCUACAUUGUGCCCAAGAUGCAGGCCAACAUCGACCACAUGUCGGGUAUCCUCCACGCCGAGGAGCGCGACUACAAGACCGCGUACUCGUAUUUCUUUGAAGCGUUUGAAGCGCUCGCACCCAUCGACAAGACGGAGGCGCUCGCGUGCCUCAAGUACAUGCUCCUAAGCAAGAUCGCCAACGGGCACUCGGCCGACGUGCCUGUCAUCGUCAACGGCAAGAACGCGAUCAAGUUUUCCGGCAUCGACGUCGAGGCGCUCAAGGCCAUCGCCAAGGCGCACGACAAGCGGUCGCUCGAGCUCUUCCAGGCCGCGACGGCGCAGUACGCUGCCCAGCUCGUGCAGGACCCGUUGAUCAAGCACCAUCUGGGCUUGCUCUACGAGAACCUCCUCGAGUCUAACUUGAUCAAGAUCAUCCAGCCGUAUUCGUGCGUCGAGAUUAGCCACGUUGCGACCUUGAUCAAGCUGCCGCUGCCCCAAGUCGAAACCAAGCUGUCGCAGAUGAUUUUGGACCACAAGUUCCACGGCAUCUUGGACCAAGGUCGGGGGCAGCUCAUUGUGUACGAAAGCGCGACCGAAGACAAAACGUAUGCGGCGGGCCUCGGCGUCAUUCAAAACGUCGGCAACGUUGUUGGCACGCUGUUCCGCCGGGCCGACAAGCUCUCGUUGUAGGUCAAUAAGGACGACGACGACGGUGUGGACUGCGUUAUCCUAACAUCAAUGAUUUCGACGCCA